CAUGGGCUGUCAUAGCAUUAACACAGAUGGAGGGUCUACUCCCGUUUGUUUACAGAGCCGUCAUGCAAAUCCGUUAUGGCGACGAUUCGUCGCUUUCUUCUUCUUACUACGUUCGUUUACCGGGUGAUUCAGGCCGGUUCGAGAGAUCCGAUUUCGAAGUGUCGGGUCUUGGAUCUUCUUCCAAUAUGGCGUCGUCAAAGACCACAACCACGACCACUACGUUUGCUGCUUCCACUGGAGUCCAGACUGUCCAGUCACCUGUUCAUCAUAGGGUCGUGACAUGAUUCAUGAAGCGAACGCGCUCCUAAAGGAACCUGAAGAUGCGCGCCUGAGGGAAAGGGUUCGUGACUUUGUAAUUACUACAUGGCUAGGCUUAGUGUCUGAUAUUCUUAUGAGUGCUUGGACUGGUCGAAUAAACCUGAUGUAAUAAUCGGGGUGGGGAGAUUGAUUCUCUAAUCGUGGGAUUUUAACCGAAGGGUGGUCUCGUGGCUUUGAUGUGUUUAUUUCAAGAGACCUUUAAUUGUAUAAAAACUAUAUGAAUGUUAUAGUUUACUCGUGAG